AUUACAAGAGUGACGUGGGCCAAUCGAUAUGCGCAUGCGUUACCCCGGAUAAAACACGUGAAGAAGCAUGGCAGACAAAUCUGAGGAGUUGGUGCUGGAUCGGGUGCAGGUAAAGAAGGCAGUUCAAGCACUGCAGGCUUUCCUGAAGACUAAGUCUACCCCAGACUCUCUGCUCCUGGAUGAGAGUCAACACCUAUCCCUCCUCUUUACACUAUGGAAAAUUCCCAAGCAGGCCCAGACCAUCCGCAUCCCCUUGCCUCAUGGCAUCCGCACCGACACAGAUGAGGUGUGUCUCUUCACCAGAGAUGAGCCCAACAUGACCCCUGACCAGACCCAGAGGUUCUACAAAAAACUACUGGCUGAGAGGGGUGUCAAGAACGUCACAGAGGUGAUCCCUUACAAAACGCUGAGGACCGAGUACAAGCCCUUUGAGGCCAAACGAAGGCUGCUGGGGAAUUUUGACAUGUUCCUGUCAGACGACCGUGUUCGUCGCAUGCUGUCCUCGCACAUUGGCAAGCACUUUUACGAGAGGAAAAAGGAGCCUUUGUCAGUAAACCUGCGGAGCAAGAAGCUGGCCUUGGACAUCCAGCGAACCAUCCAGGGAACAACCAUCUCCAUUUCUAAGAAAGGCUGCUGCUGCAUGGCUCGUGUGGCCCACUCUGGGAUGGCUGCAGAUGAAAUAGCCGAGAAUAUUGAAUCGGCUGUUAGCACCGUUGUGACCAAACUACGCAUGAAAGGACCAUUGAUUAAGAUCAUCCACCUGAAGAGCCAGUCAUCAGUAGCUCUGCCCAUCUACACCUCUAACAUUAACCACCUGACCCUCUUAGAGGAGACACAGAAACAGGCCCGUGCAGCCAUGGAUGCCAAGAGAAAUUCAAGCAAACAGAAAUCUGCUAAGGAACAGAAGUCUACAGAAAGAAACACUGGUACUGAGCUAGAGGAAGACAUUCCACAGCUUGUUCCCAUAGUAACACCAAGCAAAAAGGCUAAACUGGAGAAGCAGACCAAGAAGGGACUUGAGAAGGCUCCCAACCCGACAGGGGGGAAGAAGGCUAUGAAAACAAAAAGCAAAAGGACCAAGAAGGCUGCUUAAAGGAAAGUGCUUCAAUCUUGAUGCCUGUUUUGUCUUGACAACUCAAUGAACAAAGCGUUCCUCUCCAUUAAUGUCUGUGUAUUACUCCCCCUUUCUCUACAUGGAACUGACUACAUCACACUGAUUGUAAAGGACUGGUUUAUAAAUAUAGGACUGUUAACAUUUCAGUUUGUUGACUUGAUCCAAGGACAAACUCAAAUGAGCUGCAAUUGUCUGCCUCAAAGGGUUUUGUUUAAAAUCAUCUUGUGUAAGCUCAACUUGUAAAUUAAAAAUAAAUACUACCAAAGUGUUUAAUUUGUUAUACAAAAUGGGCUCACUGUCAAUAUUUAGUGACUAUGUAAGAUUUGUAUGUGAUGCAAACCAAUUAAAUGAGGCUCUUUAGUGUG